GCCUAAUCCGAUAACAAGAUAAACAUCAUUGGGUCACGACCAGAUGAAGCUGCUCUUGAAGAUCGCUAGCAUUUCUAUCUUCGCCUAGCUGCAGCUGCUAGAAAGAUUUUAGAAGUAUAAGUGAACAUUCUCCUCACGUAUGCUCCUUACAUUCGUAUAAUUCGUUUUGUUCGAUAUUCUCAGUCGAAAUCCCCUCCCUCUUAUGUGUGGUCGUCCCUGGCUAAGGCUAAGUACCCGAAUCGUCCGAAAAAAAGAAGGCACCAGCGAGAAGGAGCAACAUAGUGGAUGACUAGACCUCCUAGUCGUGUCUCCAACUUUUAGGUCGUGGUCGUGGAGCACGUACAACUACAACGAACGCCUUGAUGAAGAUAACACCGAGUCUUGGUCCACCUCCACGGAAGAUGUCACACCCACGACCAGACAAAGAAGUACCACCCGCCGCCGCGCAGCAGGGAACAAGCAGCCUUCUUGGAAAUGGCUCCUUUGAUGGUGGUGGUCCCGUCCAACCGGCACGCACGAAAAAUUGCAAGACGAAGACCCAGAAGAUUGAACCGCGGGGGGGAAAUGGUACUUUUGGGACUUCUAGCAGUAGUACAACCAGUUCGACGAUGUCACAAACAUCGUCCUACACACUUCUGGAGCUUUUCUGCGGCGUGGGCGGAAUGCGGUACGGUUUGCAGUAUGCGGGCGUCGAGAUUGACGCGGCAAAUUCUCUCGCGGCCGAUAUCAACGAACACGCUCUGGAAGUGUACAGACACAACUUCCUUCGCAGCGAGGAAGAGGAGGAGGAGGAGCUCCUUGCUUGCAAAGACGAUGGUCUUCACAACUGUAGUGAAGAAGGAGCCCGACCUGCUAGUACAGGAACGACCCCUGAAGUACAAAAUGACCCAGGAACUCAGGACUACGACUCAGGAGCGACGAGGAAAAAAGCGAACAAGAUAAAGAAGUCGACAAACAAGAAGAAGAACCAGAGGAACCAACUAAAAAUAACUGUCGCCAGCGUCGAUCUGGCCACGGCAAAGCCGGAGUUUUUUACCCGACAGGUGGUCUGCAACUUCGCAGGGGUGGAAGAAGGUGGGAACGUCGAUAAAGAUGAUCAUGGUGUUGUGCUACCCCGUUGUCUACGUGGUGUUGACAAAAUCGACCCAGAAGGACCAAGACCACCUGGAAGGAGCAAGAGAGGCGGUGUUGAGAGGACCAGUACUAGCAGUAGUCAACAUCUGCAGCCGGCGCAACAAGUCGCAUCGCAGCGCUGUCGGUACGAGAUCUGGACGAUGUCCCCGCCCUGUCAGCCGUUUACAAGACAGGGAAACCAGGAGCACGGAGCGGACGACCGGUGUGGCGCGCUGAAGAACAUCGUGUCGGUGCUUCGCUUCCUGCCCGACCACCUGUUGCCCAGGUUUCUGCUGCUGGAGAACGUCGUUGGAUUCGAGAAGAGCCGCAUUUGUCAGGAGUUGGUGGAUAUGCUCGGUGAAAGCAUCGUAUUGUGCUGCAUCGUAAGUACUUAAUUAUCCUAGUGUAUGAUGAUCGCAGUACUGCAUGACAGCUUGAUGUUACCUGAAACAGCAUAUACAAAAAAUUCAUUGCAUUUUAUUUUCCAUCUUCUAUCUGCAAAUGAAACUUGUUUUUCAUGCAUAUUUGUACUAGAUAGUACGAUGCUUUUGCAAUGCAUAGUGGAGGUGCUGAUAUCCAGAAGGUUUCAAGUUUGUUGUUAUUUCCUCUCACCGGACGAGUUUGGGUUUCCGAACUCGAGACAGCGAUUCUUCUUGGUGGCCGAGCGAAAAGGAACUUCUCCGGUGCAACAGGAAGAUGCUCUUCCUGAUAAUGCCACACCUAUUUUCAGUGGUGGAAAAAGUUGUCCUCGCGAAGGGUGGUCUACUGCUGCUGUACACGUCGACGAGUGCUGGUCGCAGGCGCGAAUGAAUGUAGUUGCCCGUGAAGAUGAAGCUGAAGCAGCAGUGGCACUACAACAGAGCUGCAAGCAUGAUGACACUUCAAUGCCAGUGGUCAACAUGUCCCUAUGCAGCUCCGCGGAAGAAGCUUUGAAAAUCCGGUCUUCGGUCGAUCUGUUCCGGCGUUUGGACCACCUCCACCGCAAGGAUCUUGUUGUUGCUGCGGAGAGCCAGGGCGAAGGGACGGAGCAGGAGGAAAAAAUGAAUGACCAAAACGCAAGUUUGAUGUUGGUUCACGAACAAAACCAAAACCUGGGGAACGAACAAGAACAACUGGGAAAAUCAACAUCUUCACGUUCAGAAUUAGACGGAGUUCUUGUUGUAGAUCGCGACGAGGAUCAGGAAGAUGCUGUUGUCGACAAUUAUGCGUGUGCGCAGCGGCAGCGCAAGAAGAGCAUAAUGGGACCACGACGAGGACGAGAUCAUGCUCUACUUUGCGAAGGAGCUUUACAACGAGAACGACAACAAGGGGGCGAGGAGGAUACCUCCACUGCCUGCUCGUCAGCACGGCUAUCUGCAUCGCCGCGAGCAGGUCCAGAACAGACGAGCUGCCCUGAGCACGAAGAGCAGCAGGAUAGAAGAAAGGAGAGAGAAGAUGAAAGCAUGAAAAAAGACAAAAUCGUCCACUCAAGAAACAGAACUUCGUCAAGAACGGGUUUUCAUUCACCUCCACGGGAAGAUGGACAAGACGGCUCGACAUCAAAGGCGGUGGAUUUAUUCGACGAGGGACAACAGCUCGGGGAAGCGGAAGCCUCCGAAAGAACGAAAGUGGCAACCGGAGAAAAUGGUAGACCGCAAGUACAAGUAGAACGUGGAGCAGGUCAUGGUCAUCAUAUCGAGGUUUUCGACCUCGACUUCUCCCGGCCGGAAACCCAUUGCCCGCACGGGGUGGAGCUCCUGAAGAAGGCUCGGUCGUGUGAACGAGACUAUCAUAGCGAUCAGCAGCCGCCCUCGCCCGGCUCCGUAGAUGGUGCUGGAGCAGCUCCUGCUGGCUUCCGGCACAUAACAUGGCCUGCAUCUCCCAGCUCUACAAAUAUGAAUUGUGCCUCGACCACGUCCACCCGGGACGUUGGGGCUUCUUCAUCUUCGCGUAUGAUCCAAAUGAGAAGCAUUGCGGAUUUUUUGCUAGACAAGAAUUAUACCGGGAAAAGUAAAUCUAAAUCCUCUUCGGUUCUUGUCGAAGAUUUUUUAUCCGACCUGUAUCUGUCCGACAAGACACUGAUGAAGCGGGCUGCCUGGAUAUCCUGAGGAAAAACGUGCCCACCCCAGAGUCAAAAUGCGGAAUCUGCUAGACAAAUCCGCCAGCUUUGGUUGUUGCUUGCGCAUGACAAGCUUGGCCUCGUAGUGUGGUCCGGUUCAGCUCGUUUAGCACCAGCACAAAUCUAGCUGAUUUGCGCACUGCAAAUUCCAAAACACGACUAAAAAGCGCGCUUCAUGGUGGGGCUCCGCAUGAGAAACAUUUUGACUUUGAGCAUGCAGAUUUGCAUGAAAAAUUCGGGGCGGACACGUUUUUACAUACGAUACUGGACCCUGGACGUCGUGUACCCGAGUUGUCAGCACUCCAUGUGCGUCACCAAGGCCUAUGGAAGGUAUUUUACCGGCACCGGGAGUGUACUGUAUUGCGGACAACAACCGGAGCCGCCAAUUGGUUGUGGUGGUGCCGCAAGAUCUUGUGAUGAGGGAGCAGGAGGAGCAGGAGCAGGAGCUGCAUCAUCAUCAUCAUCAACAUUCCCGCAACGUCGAGCCGACAACUGUCUUCAUGACCGGCGCUUUUGUGAUGUUACUACUGUUGAUGUUGGAAAUGAAAGCCGCAGUCCUCAGGCGAAUGAAAAUGAAAGCAACCGCGACCUCACGCACCAGAAUAUGGAGGACCUCGACGUACGCGAGGACACGAGAAUCACGACCGAGCCAAAUAACACCGGGGCAAUAAUGGCGUCGGAUGUUGCAUUAGUUGCGGUGUCCUCAGCCCCAGCAUCCCAGAAGUCAUCUACGAGAAGUACUGGCACAGCACUUGUUGAGAAUGCCACGACCCCGGCCGCGAUCUGCAGUCCGCAGGCAAAGGAGAUGCUUUCGAAAUUUGGCAACCAGCGACUCCGGUACUUUCACCCGUUGGAGGUGUUCAAGCUGAUGGGAUUUCCUUGCGGACAGACUCAACACGAACUAGAAGUAGAAGGACACAACAUGCAGCUGGGACUACAAAGACAAAAUAGAAGCAAGAAAAGCUCUUCUUUUCAGGACAUGAAAAACAAAAAGGAAAGAACGCACCGCUCCAAGAACUACCACGUGUUUUCCUUGCCGCAAGCCAUCUCCAAUAGGCAAGCUUGGGGCCUGGCUGGCAACAGCCUGAAUCCCCGGGUGGUGGGGUACUUGGUGGAGGCACAUUUCGAUUUUUUUUGACUAAUGUUUCAAACUAUCAAACGUGGGUGCUUCAUCAUCAAAAAUCUAAACUGGAAAGAGCUAGAUGCGAAAAUAACAUACCAAAACAGUCUGAAC